GGCACAAAACAUUGGAAAUUAUACGUCAAUACAGUACAUAAUCGAAAAUAGCCAAGGAGGUAUCGACCGAACGCAAUUCGAUCGAAAGCGAUUUCCUCUCGUUCAUUUUUCUUCUCGAUUGUCGGUUUUCUGUUCUUCCUCGUACUGCGACGGCCACUGUCACUAUCACUGCCACGCUCACGCUCACGCUCACUCUCACUACUGAACGCCUCCAUUUCCACUCCCACCACACAUUCAUUUUCCGUUGCCGAUUUGGGCAUUCUGGUAUCUCGUAUUUCAUUCGUCUAAAACGAUAAAACAACCAAAAAAUAAAAAAUAGUAACCUGCCUACCUACCGAUUGCAACCCUUUCCAAUUUUACCCCUUCGUUCAUUACCUGCGUCUUCGCAACCCAAACAAACCUCUUCUUGUCGGCCCCAAGUCUUAAAUCUUAAACUCUAACGCCGUAUUAAUCGACCUUUCGAAGACGCAUUCGAUUGCAGCCUUCUCUUAUUAUACAUAGCACACAUCUUGUUAACAGCCAUCUAUUUCCCAACAUCUGCGACGUGUCGAAACCCUCUGUCCCCGGCAGGAAAAUAAUAAUAAUCAAAGCGUUCGUAACCAUUGUACGAGAACCACUCAAGCACACCACACCAAAGCCAAUAGCUCGACCUGACCCCCAAAUCGAUCUUCGUCCGGUCAUUUCGAAGCACCUCUCGUUUGUGCUUGAAUACGUCGAAUCCCCUCUUCAACCAAUUCGAAACUGCAUCGCAUUGUAAUUCUCCACCGCUCAACAACACAUACAGUUGGUGGCUCUAUUGUUCAGGAAAGGGAAAGAUUGGCUGAGGGAAGCCCAGAAAAUUUGUCGUCAGACAAUUCACGAUGUCUUCUAACAGUACAAGUAUGGCAACCAGUGCGCCUGUAACUACUUCUUCUGAAGUCCCUUCGGCGACUUCAGAGUCUUUAACAUCCACAUCAUCCACCGUUGCUGCUUCAUCAAGUGCAAUUGCUAACACAACUCCAUCGACCACAGUCACAAGUGCUGAUCCUGCAAAUACUACCCCUACAGUAUUACCAACUACACAGUCUUCGAUAGAAACAACUCCAACACCGACAACUACAGCCCCGACAACUCCAGUGUCAAUCCCAACAACUCCCACAACUUCGGCUCCUGUUACUCAGCCUACAACUCAACAAACCACAGAAGCCGCCACAACUCCUGCCACAACUCCCACCACAACUCCCGCCACAACUCCCGCAACGACUGUCGACCCUACGCAAUCUUCUUCGGUUGUCGUAUCAGUCGUUACUGUAACUCCAACGGAUGGGAUAUCGUCUGGACAAGUCACAACCGAAUACAUCACAUCUACUCAGGCCGUUACAUCUAGAGCAUCUUCCACAUCGUCAACUUCAUCUUCUUCAACGGCUUCCGGAACAGCCGGUCUUAGCAACGCAGGAUCAAGUAACUCGGGUAGUAAGGGUAUUUCAAGUGGAGGAACAAUUGCUAUCGCCGUAGUUGUACCUAUCGUCGCAGUCGCUGCUUUAAUUGCCGCUGGGUUAUUCUUCUGGAGAAGACGCAAGCAACGUAAGGAUGCCGAAGAAAUGAGAAGAAAGGAAGUUGAGGAAUACGGAUACAACCCCAACAAUGAUCCAACUAUUCCAGCCGUAGGAUCAGGUGGAAGUGAUGGACCAUUCGAAAUGCGCGAAGAAGAAGGAUCUGGAUAUCGUGGAUGGGGAACUACAGCCGUAGCAUCAUCGGGAAGAAAAGCCUCGACAACCUUGUCUGGUGGUCAAUCAGCAGGUGGAAUUGGUAUGGCUUAUUCGGAUGGAUCGCCGACUCAUGCACUUUCCGAUACUCGAUCUGACAAUCCUUUAGUUGAUCACCAUGAAGAAGAAGGUAUGGGCGUUAUGGGACCAGCUACAGCGGGAAAUCGUGAUAUCAAUCGUGGACCAUCGAAUGCUUCCUCAUCAUACAGUGCAGCUGGUCGAUCAGAUGGAUCAGGUGAAGCUGGAUAUAAUGGAGGUGGACAAUAUUAUGAUCAAUACGGAGGCGUUGGAGGAAACCCAUAUACCGACGCAACACCAUAUGGAAGCCCACAAAAUCGAGCUGAAGCUGCGGGACAACCAAUUAUACGUGAUGUAUCGGCGAGAAGAAACACACGAAUCGAAAACCCAUCACAUUACCCAGGUCAACAAAGCGCCGGUAUUUCACAAAACUUUUAAUUCGGAUAGGAUGGGGUUUAAAUUGUUACGAUCUUUUUCAUCCAUCUAUGCUAUGCACACACGCGUUCUCAUCAAAAGUUUCAUUUCGGAAGCCGUGCUCCUUUUCUUAAUAUGUGGUGGGAAUGAAUGAAAAGGGAAUCUGAGGGGCACAGCUUUGUAGUCAUAUUAUAUCACAAAUACCAUUAUGGGGGAGUGGAAUGGCGUUUUUUCUUCUUCUUUCUUUUUUGAGUCUUGAUGAAUGGCUUCUUUUCUCUCCUUUUUUCUUUCUUUCUUUCUUUGGAGGCCAGCUAGCAUACGAUAAACUAGUUUGAGGUGUAGUGGCUUUCUUUUGUUUGAUAUUGUGGCGGAUUGGUGGAUGAGUGGGGGGGAGGUGAGAGCAGUGUUCUAUGAAAGUACCUGGCGCGUUGGAGACGAGCGAGGGAGAUAGAGAGAUUGCGGGGCGAAGGAUUAUGGAGCGCGCAGAGUGGCUCUCGGCAUCAGUAUCAGCGAGGGUGAUGAUGGUGUAUCUCUGGUAGUGGACGAUACAAAGAGCGAACAAUGAGUGGAAGAUAUCUACCUAGCGCAAGAAUACCUAGUGGAGAGUGGCAUAUACAAAAUGAAAUAAUACA